UUGGCUACCGCUUCAUCGAGUUCAUCCCUGAUUGGUCGAUCUAAUUUCAGUUUAAUCAUCAGUUUGUGCUGCUGAGGAUAAGUUGCCUGAAAUGUUUCUGCGUUCGCUGACAAACUCCAGUAAAUGUUCUGUUUACCACUUUACCACCCUGUACACAAUUAUAUGAGGAACUGGAGUGCGGGACACAUAUGGCUGUGUAUGAUGAGAAUAUCCUGAAGAACCCUUUUUACCAGGCCCUGGAAAAACACAGACCGGAUCUGUGCAGCAGGGUGGCAGAACUCCAUGGCAUUAUUCUGGUGCCGUGUUGUGGAAGUUUACCAGCGGGCUCUAUUACAGCAUCUCAGUUCGACGGAUACGUGCUUCAGCCUGCCGAACAGGGUUACCAGACGCUAGAUGGAAAGGAAGUGUCUAUAGACAAUAACCAGGUCCGGCUGGGUGCAGGGUUUCCCAAUCCCACCUCCAUCCCCAUCCUGUUUGAGGAGACGUUCUACAAUGAGAAAGAGCAGGCCUACAGCAUACUGUGCAUCGCACGGCCCCUUGACGCUAACCACAGCCCUGAGGAGUUGACUACUGUUUUUGCUCCGUACUGUCUGAAGAAUAUCGAGGAUGUGAGGGAAUUCUUGGGCCGCCAUGCUGAAAAACUGGACAAGUUUGUGGCCACCUUUUGCCACUCCUUUAAGGAACAAGAGAGGAAGGGCCUUCGACAUCAAAUAGACUCUGUAAAUACCCUUUACACAAAAUGUCUUCAGUUGCUGUUGAGGGACUCUCGCCUGAAGAUUUUGGCGAGACAGGAGAUACAAAUGACUCUACUCAAACAAGCAGUGGAGAUGUACAUACAUCAUGGCAUCCAUGAUCUACUCUUUAGUUAUGUGGGGACUCUUGAAGCAAGUCGGGAUGCGGUGUUCAACAAAACAACACGGUCCUUACAGGAACUGCAGCAGAAAGAGCUUGGUGUGAAGUCAGAGUUCAGUAUAAAUAUUCCUCGUGCUAAGCGGGAGUUGAGUCAGCUGAACAUCUGUACGUCUCCCCAGCAGAAACUGCUCUGCAUAAGGAAGGUUAUUUUAACCAUCAUGCAAUCAACCAGACGACGAGAUACAGCAGUGAGCAUUGAGGCCGUGUGUGCUGAUGAUCUCCUGCUAGUCAUUCUCUAUCUGCUAAUCAAAACAGAAAUCCCUAACUGGAUGGCGAAUCUGAGUUACAUAAAGAACUUCCGCUUCCGUAAGUCCAGUAAGGAUGAGCUGAGUUACUGUCUCACGUCGUUUGAGGCUGCGGUGGAGUACAUCAGCCAGGGAAACCUCACCCAGAGCGCUCUGGGGUCAGGAGAUCGACUGUCCUUCAGCCAGAAGGUGGACCUGCUGUCCCAGAAUGCUACAUCUAUAGACCAGCUGUUUGAGCACAUUGUGAGUGGAAAUGAGGCUGAGGUGAAGCGUUUGCUGAGCGAGAGUGAGAAUGAGGACGACGGGAGGAAGUUAUGUCACCCACUCUGUUCCUGUGACGCCUGUGACCGCCACAUCUCAGGGAGGUUAAACGACCCGUCCAUAGUCACUCCAUUCUCUCGGGAUGACCAAGGCUAUACUCCUCUACAUGUUGCUGCUAUUUGUGGUCAGUCCCUGCUGAUUGAUUUGCUGGUGUCAAAGGGAGCUGUGGUGAACGCCACCGAUUAUCAUGCACUCACACCGCUGCACCUCUCCUGCCAGAAGGGCUUCCAGGGAGUCACGCUGCUGCUUUUGCAUUAUAAGGCAAACACAGAUGCUCAGGAUAACAAUGGAAACACCCCUCUACACCUGGCCUGCAUGUACGGGCAUGAAGAUUGUGUGAAGGCGCUGCUGUAUUUCGACCUCCACUCCUGUCGACUGAACGUCCAGAACGAUAAGGGAGACACGCCACUGCACAUCGCAGCUCGCUGGGGUUACGAGGGCAUCAUGGAGGUGCUCUUGGAGAAUGGAGCUUCAACCCUCAUCCACAACAAAGCCAAGGAGACUCCAUUACACUGUGCCCUCAACUCCAAGAUUCUGUCAUUGUUGGAGCGCAGACACAAUGACUCCAGUAAAAGGGAAAGUGGAUUUGAGUCUCCGAGUCGCUCUCCUCUGCCGUCUGACUGCAGCAGCAGGCAUUCAUCUAUGUCCAGCAUGUCUUCACUGAGUGUUGAGGCCACACCGCCGGAGACCGAACGCACCCGACACAAAGAGGUGGAGAAGUUGUUGAGAGCCGUGGCUGAUGGAGAUGUGCAGAUGGUGCGUUAUCUUUUGGAUUGGCUGGAUGAGGAGCCGGAGGAAGAGGAAGAUUCAGUGCCAGUUAAGACAGAGUUGUGCCAUCCUCUGUGUCAGUGCCCCAGCUGUGAACCUGCACAGAAGAAAGCAGCCCAUCUGCAGCCGGACGGUGUGGGUGUGAACAGCAGUGCUGACGGCUUCACUCCACUCCAUGUGGCGGCGCUGCACGGACACACAGCUCUAGUGUCUCUCUUCACCCGCCACGGUGCCAAUAUCAACGCCCGCAACAAUCAGAGUGCCACCCCGCUUCACCUGGCCUGCCAGAACAGCCAAAUACAGGUGGUGUCUGCUCUGCUGGAGUGUAAUGCCAAACUGAACAAGAAAGAUCAGUAUGGAAACACAUCGCUGAUUCUUGCUUGUCUGAAGGGAAAUCUGGAGAUAGCCGCCAUUUUGCUUGAGAGCGGUGCGCUGGUGAAUCUGGCCAAUAAUCACGGUAACACUGGUCUGCAUGAGGCUGUGAGAGGUGGACACGUCCAGCUGGUGGAGCUACUGCUGCACAGAGGGGCUUUAGUGCACAUGCGCAACAAGAGACAGCGGACCGCCCUCGACUGUGCACAUGAGACCGCCGGGAAGAACACAGAGAUUCAGAGACUCCUGCAGAAAGCCAGUGCUGAUGCUCCGGACAUUCAUCCGGUCAAACCACACUCCAGAGGAACAGAGGGCAUUGUGGUUCAAAGAGUUAAACGGCAUGAGAGUCCCAACAAUGGCAGAAAAGACACAGACCACACAAAACAAAGGAGUCAGAAGAGGACCGACAGAGCAGCAACCACCAUAGGAGUAUUAGACCAGACGGCGGAGGCUCAAAGUGACAGACGCAGACUGGCGAGAGGAGAGACGGUGGACAGCAGUGGGCCACAGUCGCCUCACGCCCACAGCAGGAGCCUGACCCGCUGCCACACCAUCAGCCAGGACCUGACCCAGCACUCGCUGCAGGAGCCCAGCGGGGGGGAGGAAGACGCACAGUCCAGAGAAAGUGAUGUGGAGACUGCUGCCACAGAAAUGGACAAUGUUGUGUUGUGAUGGUGGUCUUCAAGCAGCUAAAUAUAAAUGCAUCAUUACUAAAUCAGUUCCGCCACCUCAUCCUGGUCUGUAUUGUACUUGAGUGUUAAAGUAUCUAAACUUUAUUGACCUGAAUAUGCAAGAACUGUCAUUGUUUUUCAAGGUUAACAUUUUCUCAUGCUUGUGGUUUAUGAGACUGGAAGAAAAAAAAAAAACAGUUUUAGAGGUUUUAUGGGUCUGUAUGUGGAAAUCAGAAAGAGGAAGUCGCUUUUAUUAUUCCACUUAAAAAAACGAUGCUCUUAAAUCACAAAAUGGAAAAAGUGAGCAUGUGUCAACACUAGUGGAAGAAAGAACAAAAACAGCAGUGAAACAAGUGAAUAUUUGAGGUGCGUGAUAUUGAGACUUUGGAAACUUUCUUCGUUCGUAGGUUAAAGGGAGACGUUUACAGUAACUACAGAAAGAAUGUGGAUUUUUAUUUUUUUUUUCCAGCACUUUUUAAUUUUCAGAAUUGUCACAUUAUUAAAAGGGAUAAUUAAGGAUAAAAUUAUGUAGCAAGAUUUUAUUUUUCCUCACAUUUUUCCUUACAAAACUUAAGUUGUUACAUUUACUAAACAUCUCUGUGUGUAGGCAACUAGUCAUGGGAACUUAUUUUUCACAGAGUUAGAUGUUGUUCUAAUAGUUGGUAGUUGUUGUUGUUGUUGUUGUUUCAUCCUCUUAAUGUAUUUCAAUCUUUCCUGGUUUGAUUUAUUUCAUUAGUAGAAUACAUUUUCUUUUAUGGUAUGAAUCUCCUCUCUAAACUGUCCCUCAAAAAAAUAAAAAAAGCACCAUAUGCGUAUGGUAAAAAGGUUGCGUUUGUGAAAAAGCGUAGAAUUAGGAAUAAAUCUGAUGUAUUUAGGGGGCAGCAGGGGGCAGUAUUACGGACCACGUCUCUGUUUAAAUCAUGCACUUUAUUCUCUUGCUAGUUUUCUGUGUGUUUGGUUUUAGGAGCUGAGCUCAUGAAACCUGAUUGAUUGCAUUUUGAGUGGCGGGUGUAAAUGCAUUUUCUGCUGCAGGAGUGUGUGUUAGCAGGGAUAGAAUUAAUGCUGGGCAGGAAGUCAUUAAAUAUCUUCACACAAAUUGACCAUGAAAUAAAACAGAGCUGGUUUGUGAUGUGA